AUGGAAACCACCCACCGCAAAAUCGAACUCCAAUCCCCCCUCGACCUCCUCUACCUCCAAUCCAACGCCUCCUCUCUCCUCCGCGCAAAACUAGACCUGCACUUUCCACCCUCGGCCGCUCCCCCCUCAGCCUCUGACGACAUUCUGAAAUCCCGUGUCCAAGACCUCUGCAACUCCUACUUGACUCGAGUCUUUUCCUCCGCCAAAGAAAACCUGAGCAUCAAUGGACUGGAAAACAAACAAAUGGAUGAAGCAAUCACAGCAGCGGAAAAGGGCGAAGAAGAACAGGAAGCCUAUGAUGGAAAACUAGGGUUGAAGUUGCGGGAGUUGUCGGGCAAGAUUGAAGCGCUGAACUUGCAGCUUGCGAUGAUGAGGAGGGAGGCGCCUGCUAGAGCGGCCGCUGCUUAUGCUGCUGGAUUGCAAGAUGAUGAUGUUGCUUUCACUCAAUCGAGGACUGCAGCAGAGCAGGAAGUAAGCAAGAGGAUACAAGAGGAGCAGGAUUUGUGUGGGGUCAAGGGUGUUAGGGAUUGGGAUGAGUGCGAGAGGAAUUGGAGGAUUGCUACUGAAGGGUUGGUGGGCGUUAAAGAGGGGAUUGGAGCUACGAGUGCGCGGUUGGUGCAGGCGAGGGAUGUGGUCGAGUAUUUGGAUCAGAAGGGUGGGAAGUGA